AUGGCUGUCCACGUCCGCCAGGCUGCUCGUGACCAGGGGGCGAGAGACACACCUUGGUCAACCUUUAUUUUCAUUGCCUUCUGUGUCAAAACCGGAGUGGAUGACCAGCAUCGACAGGCGGACCGGCUAUCCUGGAAGAAGACCGUAACUCCCACGUAA